CCAUUUGUUUGAUUCACAAAAGCAGAAUACAAAAACAAAGAAACAAAGAAAAGUCUGUCAACUCCACACAAAAACACCACUCUUUUCAUCUCUCUCUCUCUCUCAAAUCUCAAGCCUAAACCAAUAAUAAUACACAUAUACAAGGAAGGUGGUGUCGCGGGUGAAGCAUGACGGCCGGCGGAGCAACAGGGAGACUGCCCACAUGGAAAGAGAGAGAAAACAACAAAAGAAGAGAGAGAAGAAGAAGAGCUAUCUCUGCUAAGAUAUAUGCUGGUCUUAGAGCUCAAGGCAACUUCAAGCUGCCUAAACAUUGUGAUAACAAUGAAGUCUUGAAAGCUCUUUGUAAUGAGGCCGGCUGGAUUGUUCAAGAAGAUGGCACUACUUAUCGCAAGGGAUGCAAGCCACCCCCUGGGGAGAUUCUUACGGGUACUCCCACAAAUAUGAGCGCAUGUUCGUCGAUGCAACCAAGCCCAAUGUCCUCUGCGUUCCCUAGUCCAGCACCUUCUUACCAUGCCAGCCCUACAUCCUCAUCUUUCCCUAGCCCCACUCGUGAGACAAAUCCUUCAUCCUACAUUCUUCCUUUUCUUUGCAACUUAGCUGCCAUUCCUUCUUCUCUCCCUCCUCUUCGAAUAUCCAACAGUGCCCCUGUAACACCGCCCCUUUCUUCCCCAACUGCAAGAGGUUCAAAGAGACCCGAAUGGGAAUUGCCUACCAAUAACUCAAUGUUGUUCCGCCACCCGCUUUUUGCUGCCUCUGCGCCUGCUAGCCCUACCCGUCGUCAUCACCAUCACCAUUUCACACCAGCUACAAUUCCAGAGUGUGACGAGUCUGAUGCCUCCACUGUAGAUUCUGGAAGGUGGGUUAGUUUCCAGCCAUCGCCGUCCCAGGCUGUGCCAACAUCACCUACAUUUAAUCUUGUGAAACCCGUUGCUCACCAGAUUGGUGCAGUUGAUACUCAUGGAGGAUUGGGCUGGGGAGCAGCAGCAAAGAGGGCGCGCGGCCCAGAAUUUGAGUUUGAAAGUUGCACAGUAAGGGCCUGGGAGGGAGAGCGGAUACACGAGGUCGGGGUGGAUGAUUUGGAGCUCACUCUUGGUAGCGGAAAGGCUCAUUAAAGAUUGCAUCAAGAUGUUUAGUUCGAGGAAAAUUUAAAGAGUUUCAUAUGCCUUAUUAAUGGGGCAUAAUAUUUGUCAGUGGCAGAUAAUAAUCACUGCUCUGCAGCAUUGUUCAUUAGUUUCCUCCGAAUUCUACCCACCAUCCAAGGACUCCAUAUCCUCUACUCGUAGAUUCUCCGUCUCGUCUUUCAAGUGCAGGCUUGAAGCUGUAUCAAAGCUGAAAAACUCUGAUCAUCGAUGUGCUUGUGACACCAAAGUCUCCAGCCGAAAAGAAAACAGGAUAACUUCCCUGGUAGACAUUUUACAUUUAUUCUUUAUAUCGGAUUAGUCUAUUGAUCAUAAUAUGUCAUAGUUUGAUUGUGAAUAGAACACUGUUUACUAGUUUGAGUGUUAGAGAUUCUAGAAUUUGCCGUGAUGAAUACUUGAAUUCUAUUUUUCUCGAAA